AUGGAAAUGAAGAAGAUUGUCUGCGCUGUCCUCUUCGCCGCCGCCUCUGUCAGCGCUGUGAUGGCUCAUGAGGGUCACGACCACGCCCACGCCUACACCCCCAGCCCCGCCCCCGCCCCAGGACCAGGAGGAGCCCCAAAUGAUGCCUGUGCCAGCCUCCCUGUCUUGGGGUCCGUGGUUGGUGCCUCCAUUGUGUCCUUCAUUGCUUACUACAUGCAGUAA